AUGAAGGUUGCAGUGUUGGACUUGGGGUCUCUCUUUGCCAAAAUCUUCAAAGCUUCGGUGCAGCCGCCGGCAGUCGCCUCGCCCGCAGCUACUGCCUCCUCUAGCAGCUCCUCCGCUGUGGCUGCUACUGGACCGGUGGGCUCUAGCUUGGGCAGUGCAGGCAGCACCUCCAGCACCGGCCUUGGGGCCGCUCAGACUGUCACUCUCUUCCCCACGGUGGCCCCCAGAUCCCCAGCCACUCCUAGGAUACCCUCGGUACCGCUCCCUUCCUCCACCACCCUUCACCCUCUCCUAACCGCCUCCUAUCCCAGAGUUUCCGCUGUAAGAAAAAUAGCAGAAACAGCGGGAUCCCCACUGUCCUUGCCAAGUAGCCCCAGGACAGCAAAACUCCAACCCCUUGCUCAGCCCUUGCCCUUACCCCUGCCUCAUUCCUUGUCCCAAUCUCAACCCCUGCUUUCAUCCCAAUGUCAGCCUUCAUUCCAGUCCCACUCCCAGACUCUGCUUCAACCCCUUUCACAGCCCUCUUCCCAACCUCAUCUUCAGCUCUUAACCCACCACCAGCCUCAGCAGCAGCCCCUUCCCCAACUUCCACCUCAACCUCAUCUUCAACCUCUGCCCCAGCUCCAGCCUCAGUCCUUCUCCCAACCCCAACCUCAGCUCCUGACCCAGCCCCUUCCUUUUUCCCAUCCUCAGUCUCAGCUCCAGCCUCUUGCUCAGGUCCCCUCCGAGGUUCAGCUCCAAGUCCUUACCCAUCCUCAGCCUCAGCUCCAGCCCCUGACCCAGCCCCAGCCGCAGUUUCUCCCCCAGCCCUUGCCUCUUCCCCUUCUCCACUCUCCAGUGCAGGCCCUCAACCGCAGUGGGACUAACUCCCCUGCUCUUCCUCUUCCCCUGGCCCUAUGGCGGCCUCCCCCCGGCCCUGGAGGAGUCGGAGUGGUCUUGCAACCCAUUACUGGCCCGGGGAGUAACAGCAGCGGCUUAGCGGCGAGCCCGGCUAGCUCUCCGCACCAUCCCGGCCCGGGAGAGCAAGAGCCAGGUUCCUGGAUAGGAUCCGGCCCGGGCACUAAGACUCUCUUCUUCACUCUCCCUGACAUCGGCGAGGAGUGGGGGACGGACAUUGAAUCAGAGGAAGAUGGUAGCAGUGAAACGCGAGGCUCCUUGCUUUUGCCCCAGAGGGAAAGUCGGGCGGAUGUUUUCAUCAGCUCGAACGUCCCUGGAAGGCGGCUGCCGCUAGCUUUGGGAGCUCUGGGGGGAGUGUGGAAGCCAGUGGCCGGGCGAGGGAGAGGUCAGCCCUCCCCAGCCCAGCUGGGAUUGGGGGCAGAGGAGUCUGGGGAAUGUGGCGAGGCUGCUCAGGGAAAAUCCAGGAAGAGCAUUCGGGUCACUAGCUGGCGGCGAGCAGACUGCAGACUGGAAAAAGGGGCGGGGGGCGAGGAGCCCGGAAGCCCUCUACUCCAGGGGGCUCGGGGCCCCGCUGCCUGCUUCAUGCAUGGGGGCCGUGGGGGCUGGCAUUGCUCCCGGACCCUGCAACCCCUCAGUGGGCGGCAGGUUCGGGACCCCAAGGGCGGCGGCAGCAGCAACUGGAGCAGGAGCAAACAGGGGCUGAUUGUCAUUGGCCUUCAAAAGCUUCGUAGCCUUCUCUGCUUCUGGAUGAAGCAGGAUGAGAUAGCUUUAGAAGAAUUUACAUUUAUCAUGGCUAAUAGUGCCUUUAUAGAGCACUUACAGGAGUUUGACAGAGCUACAACACAAAAAGUUCAGCAAUUAUUCCUAGAAGUGGAUGAAAUGCUUUUUGAAGGGAAAAUCAGCCCUCGUUGCCAGAAUCUUCAGGCAGAAUGUGAGGAGUGGACUAGAAGGUCACUUCAUCUCAGGGUUCUAGGAAAACAGCUUAUAUUUCCGACAGAUGAAGGUUUUCAACAUUUCCCAAGCCAUACUGCUAAUUCUGUUUGUACCAAGACCUCACUUGAUCUCUGUGAAAGCAAUAACAGUCUCAAAGAGCUGUGCCUCUCAGGUUCCAAACUUGUCCCAGCAGAUUACACCCAGAUUUCUUCUGUUAUUCCUGACAUUCAUGCAUCAUUCCUAGAAGAAGAGAUCUAUGCUGUGGAUGGAAAAAUUGAAGAGUAUUUUGCUUUUGACAAAGAACUUGAUGAUGAAAGUGUGGAACCCAAGACAGCUAAAGAAGGUCAACAAAGGAAUAAACAUGGCCUCCCUCCUAUUUCCCCUGAGCUCUGCAUCAAAGAUGCAGUGACAGCUGAAGCAUUUGAUCGAAGCUGGAGAAAUGUAGUUGGAAUCUUGGAAGAUCUUCUUAAAAAGACUUGGAAAACUUCCCUUGAAGAAAGAAGUAAACAGAGAAGACAUUUUGAGACAACUAGAAAUAAACCAGCAAAACCAUCCAGUUACCGUAUUCCACCCAAUCCAUUGAGUAUUCCCCCUUCCAGAGGUUCUGAGACCCACUGCGUAUCUUCAGCUUCUCUUCUAGGUCCACCUCAGAGCCAUCGCUUCUCCAGUAGUUUGCACGGUGAUUUAAAUGGUGUGAUGACAAUUCAAGCAAAGCCUCUUCAACAGAGAUACCCGAAUCUUCCAGACAAGACACUGCACAAUCAAGAAGACAGGUUACUAGGUACAGGGUCCAGUGUUUCUGCCUCAGUCUGGAAUCGGUUGGGAAUCUCAGAUGCUCCAUCCUCAUCCUGGACACCACAUCUGCCUGUAAGGAAGGCACCUGCUCACAGGAGGUUGCCAUCUCUUUCUUCAGAACUGCAUCAAUCAAAAAUCUCCAGUGUGCAUGGUGAUAAAGCUCUCAGGGGCAAUAAGCUGCAAAUUGGCUCAGACUGCUUGUCCUCUCCAUCCAUCCAAGUGCCUCGAAAUAAGUUACCACCCAUAGGCUCAGAGACUGGGGAGCAGAAUGUUCCUACUCCUGGAUCUCGCCAAGCUUUUCACAGAGGAAGAUAUCCCUUAAACCAAGUGUUAAGCACUAUUCCUGGCAAUAUUGAAAGACCACCUCUUCAGGAAAGGACUGUUAUCUCAGAGCAAUUUUCAAGGCCUAGUACCACUCACACCUUCAGGUCUGAUACUCCUUAUAAAGGGUCACUGACACCAAUGGAAUUUGUAAACCAUACAUGGACAGAUCAAGAUUUUAUAACAAGUUCACAGCAUCUACAUAAAUCUUAUCAAAGAAAUACCUCAACUUCAAAAAGGAGAUUUCCAAUGGCUUCCUGAUACAACUUGGCCCAUCAGUCAUUGUAUUCAGUGAAAUCUGCCUAGUGUCAAUUUAAUCUUUAUCACAUGAGGUAUAACAGCAAGUAUUAUGCUAUUCUGAUGUGUCCUUUUUUCUUAUGGUCAUGGAAACAAGAGUCCUGGAGAAAAUACCAUCAUAAUAAAUAUGUCCAUUUUCACCUGGAA